AAACAGUUAAUUUGGCAAUUAACAAAUGUGGUGCUUGUUCAUCUGCUGUACGUGCACUGAAAAUGCGUCUGGUUGAGGCCGAUGUUAAUUUUCCAUCUAAGUAGCGACUAUGGUUUUCCAGUCUAGCAGUUACACAUGGUCAAGGAUAAAAACAAGAAACAGAAAAAAAAGCGAAAAAACCAAGGAAUAAAGACUGGACGUUCAAUUGAAAAAAUGAAAAAGGUGGAGACUUCUGAGACCAAUCCACCAGAAGCUACGGUUCCUGAUCCGUCAGCAUCACAGGGUAAAAAUGAUGGAGAUGAGAUAUUGAAGGGUCUUUCUGGUUUUAUAUUCAUGUGUAAUUCAUCCACAAAGUUGGAAUGUUACCGGUAUCGUGUCUUUGGACUUCCUUACGGACAGAAGGAAGUUGUGGCGAAGAUAAAGCCUGGUGCAAAGCUAUUUUUGUAUGACUUCGAGUUGAAGCUCCUAUAUGGUGUGUAUGAGGCAACCUCUGCUGGACAGCUGAAUUUGGAACCUGCUGCUUUUAGAGGGCGAUUUCCGGCUCAGGUGAACUUCAAAAUUUUUAAGGAAUGCUUUCCCUUGCCAGAGACUAUUCUCAGAUUUGCUAUAAGGGAGAAUUAUAAAGGCUCGAAAUUCAAGCAAGAGUUGAGUGAAGAGCUACAGGUGAAAACACUGAUAUCAAAGUUUCAUCCUCUUAAUGAACCAUUACCACCUCAUUCUCUGGAAUAUGCGUCACUUUCGCUUGCGCACCCAUUAGCAGGAGAAUCUCAGUUCACACAUUCAUCGACGCUGUCAUCUAUGGAGCCUCAGCCUUCGUAUCCAUCAGGGAUGCAUCGUAUCCUGAUUCCAGCAUUUCCAGAGCAUCAACCUGUUUCAAAUGUUAUGUUGCAGCAUGGGUAUCAUCAUCGACCAGUAUCUUAUGGUGGUCAUGGGAAUUUUUCUUUGGAUGGUCAAAGUUUACCUUCAACAAGUGUUCCCUAUGGGAUGCAAGAUCCGAGGUCACGAGUUUUAGGAGAGCGAGCUCCUCCCAUGGAUGCCCCAAGUUUACGGUACCCGAUGAAUCCAUCUCAUUAUGGUACAUCUGUUAUGCCGCCCCCACCCCCGCACCCACACCUCCUUUCGCCCCGGCUACAUCCCCACACACCAUACCCCCCUUUUCAUCAGCUACACCCUCCCCGGCAGCCAGAAAAUGUGCCACCGUACAUUCCCCAGCUGAUACAACAACCACUAUAUGGAACCAAUGCGGCCGCGUACAAUUCCUAUCCGGAAAAUUAUGCCCAAUAUGAUUCCUCUGGUUUGCAGCCGCCAUCACGAAUAUCCUAUCAGUUUCCUCCUCAGGAACCGGCGCCAUAUGGACUCGUCCCGGCGUUCAAUCCCCAAUACACUUUGUCAAGUGUGCAACCACAAGCGCCGCAGACUGGAAUACCCCAAGGGAGUGGUCAUAUCUUAACUUCUUAUUCCAAUACUGCUGCGAAUCAAGUAUGCCGUUGAUUUCAGUUAUGUUAUGUUUAACGGUCUUGCAGCUCGAUUCAUUGAUGCAUCGAUAGCUCGCAAUAUCUGAAUUUCUUCGGCUAGAGCGACCGGGAAAUUUGAUCCUGUUUAUACUCGGUCUUCGAAUGCAGGUGCUAUUGGCUGUCCAUAUUUCUUUUUGUUAUAUUUUUAUUCUUAGUUUCAUAUCUGCUUUUUUGCAAUCGUAAAAUUGGUUAUUAUGUGUAAAUAGGUACAAAGAAAUAUAAAAAGAAUUUAUUUAAACUUGAUUUGAAAUGGGAGGUUGAAUUUGAAUUUUUGUUUAAACAGAUGUGGUGUGUUUUGCGAGAGGAAAUAAUAUAAUUUUAUUGAAAAAUAAGCUGGAUGAAUAGCGUUAAUUUGAAUUUGAAAUGAAAACAAAACAAGCACACCUAUUUUUCCCCAUUUCAUCCAAAAUAUCAUGACACAGUUUGGAUUAAUCCAUAGUUGUCAAUAGUGCGCUGAUAG